AUGGAAGCUGUUGCUAACUAUCCAUUUACUCCUACUGAACCUGAUGAACUUGGGUUUGAAAAAGGUAGUACUUUAUAUAUCAUUGAUAUGGAAGAGGAUCCGAACUGGUAUAAAGCCCGACAAGGGAACCAAGAAGGCAUGGUACCUGCAAACUAUAUUUCUUUGUAUCCUCAUCCAUGGUACAUACCCAGAUGUAGUCGGCGAGAGGCAGAGGCCAGACUGUUAGAAACUGAUCCGAAUACGAAUCGGGACGUACAACCUGAUGGAGCAUUUAUUUUACGGCAAAGCGAAAAUGAUCCUGGUCAGUUCAGUAUCUCGGUCAAAGAAGGUUCAUCGGUUUUGCAUUUCCGUAUAUUUUUCGAUCCAAGUGGUAAGUAUUACAUCUGGACGAAUAAAUUCGACUCAAUCAAUGCCCUAAUCGAUUAUCAUCGUCAUCAAACAAUAUACGGGGUAAAAGCACUCCUACUACGUGAUUGUGUUUCAAGUAAUACUUUUGGUUCAGUUGGUUCCGGUCCUAAUGUGGUUUUUAAUAACCCUAGCGUUCACACAAAUACCUCUAUCAAGGGUUCCCAACCACAGGCUACCGUUGGUUCACAUUUACAUACUAAAGAGCACUCGGCUCAAAUGAAUGUGGAUUUACCUCCUGGAGUGGUAUUAACAAAUUUAUCGGGACGACAAUGUGUGGCCAAGUUUGACUUCAAUGCUGAGUUUCAGGAGGAAAUGUCAUUUCGUCAGGGAGAUCGUCUUCGACUGCUCGGUGAAGAAGAUGAGAAUUGGUGGUUUGCUGAAUUGAUAACUCAUUCUUCUAGUGGUCAACCAACUUCUCAAGGCUUAAUUCCUGCUAACUAUGUCAAACUCUUAUCAAAUAAUACGUCCAAUUCCACAGUUUCUAACAUGCGUAGUAAUCCCUCUAAAGUUCUACAACCCUCUGCUCAGAUCGCUCGUGCUACUUAA